AAUUGGGUCAUGAUAGUAUGCUUUUUGUGUGUUGAGAAUUGAGAGAUGAUAUGAUGUUCUUAAUAUGAUGGUUUAUGCUUCUAGAUCAAUUCCAUAGUAUUGCCAAAUUGGAAUAGAACUGUAUAGGUUUUUGAGAAAUGGAGGAUGUGAAUGAUCUGUCUGCUUCGGCUUCGUUGAGCUUUACUUCAUCAUAUCUGUCAAAUGGGUCUAAUGGAAGCCAUGGAUUUACUUCGGCUAAUGGUCAACCCGGGUUGAGUACUGAGCAUUUGAGUCUAAGCAAAUUGAGUGACAGUCUUGAGAAGUUGUUAGUUGACCCUCAGUACGAUUAUAGUGAUGCAGAGAUUGUUGUUGAGGGCACCCCGGUUAGUGUCAAUCGGUGUAUAUUAGCUGCCCGUGGUCAGUUUUUUCAUGAGGUUUUUCAGAAGGGAAGUGAUAAUAAGAGCAAGGAAGGUAAACCGCAGUAUGUGAUGUCUGAAUUGGUUCCUUGCGGUAGGGUUGGCUGCGAGGCAUUCAAGGUUUUCUUAAACUAUUUGUACACUGGGAAGCUUAAGCCUUCGCCUCCAGAAGUGUCAACAUGUGUUGAGGAUGUUUGUGCCCAUGAUGCGUGUGGCCCUGCUAUCAACUAUGCUGUGGAAUUGAUGUAUGCUUCUUCCACUUUUCAAAUGAAGGAGCUUGUUCAAGUUGUUCAGCGCCGUCUUUGGAACUUUGUUGACAAAGCUCUCGUUGAAGAUGUGAUCCCAAUUCUUGUUGCUGCUUUCCACUGCCAACUGAGUCAGCUGCUCUCACACUGUGUUCAGAGGGUCUCAAGGUCAGAUCUUGACAAUGUAGCUCUAGAGAAAGAGCUUCCUCAUGAAGUUUUCGAUGAUAUAAAAUCACUCCGUCUCAAAUCUCAGGAAAAGGAUGAAUCAGUUAUGCUGGAGCAGGAGCCGAGGGAGGAUAAGAGGCUAAAAAGCAUCAGGAGAAUCCACAGGGCUUUAGACUCUGAUGAUGUUGAACUUGUUACCCUUCUUCUGAAUGAGUCUGAUUCUAUUACGUUAGAUGAUGCUCAUGCUCUCCACUAUGCUGUGGCAUACUGUGAUCCUAAGAUUGUUAAGGAGGUUCUUGGUCUAGGGUUGGCAGAUGUCAACCUUCGCAAUGCACGAGAACAUACUGUGCUUCAUGUGGCAGCAAGGCGUAAGGAGCCAUCAGUUAUAGUUCAUCUUCUGAACAAGGGAGCCUCUGCCUUAGAAACUACAUCAGAUGGUCAAACUGCUGUAGCAAUCUGCCGGAGGUUGACUAGACCAAAGGAUUAUAAUGAGAACACAAAGCAGGGAGAGGAAUCUAACAAAGACCGAAUGUGUAUAGAUCUUCUAGAGAGAGAAAUGCGAAGAAACUCUAUAUGUGGGAACUUGUCAAACACAUCACAUAUGGCAGCUGAUAAUUUUCACGUGAGCCUGAGCUAUCUAGAAAAUAGAGUGGCGUUUGCGCAUUUGUUGUUUCCUGCCGAAGCCAAGCUUGCUAUGGAAAUGGCAGAUGCUGAUUUAACAUCAGAGUACCCUGGCCUUUCAAAAUCACGAAUCUCAAAUGGACACUUACGUGAGGUUGAUUUGAAUGAAACGCCCUCCGGAAGGGCCAAAAGACUCCAAGAAAAAAUGCAAACCCUUAUAAAAACAGUGGAAAAGGGUCGGCGCUUCUUCCCCCAUUGCUCAGCAGUGCUUGAUAAGUUCUUGGAUGAUCUCGGUAUGGGUGAUUACUUUCUCGAGAAAGGCACUCCUGAAGAGCAGAAAAACAAGAAGAGGCGUUUCUUGGAACUCAAGGCCGAUGUACAGAAGGCAUUUUGCAAGGACAUGGCUGCAAAGGCUGAAAAUGACCAGUCUGUUUUGACAUCCACAUGAUCAUCCUCAUCUAAUUCGGAGGGGGUUAAUCAGAACAAGGUUAGGAACAGUUGAAGUUAAUUGCUUUUUUGUAGGAAGCUGAAGACAUUAGUAUUCGUAUAUCUUUAGGAGCCUUUAUUUUUGGAUUUCUGUAUCAUAGAUUUGAGUCUGUAAAAUAUCAUUUUUAGGUAUUUGGCAUGUAAAGUGCUCCAAGAGUUGCCAGUUUUUAGAGAAAAAAAAAGUCUCUUCUUUGUAUUUCCCUGUUGUGGGGUUGUCAGUUUAAUAUUUCCCCAGGUGCCCCCCGAAUAAUAAAUAAAUGCAAAUUUGCAAAUUCUGAUUU